GCAGCCUCUUGGUUUGCUGUUGAGGUUGCCCACCCCGCACUUGACCUCGCUCCCUACCUGUUCGCGAGAACCAAGCGGGACGUUCCAUGUGAGGAGCUGUGGUCAACGGGAACUCUGCUUCCUGACACAAGGUACUUUCGGUCGGGAGACCGUGUCGGGGGAGAGGAGGGUAGGGGGCGUCUAGAGACCCGUGGGCAUAGUUUGCCAGGAGCAGCUACACCGCCUCAUACAGCGGAGGUGCACACUCAGCCUGGGUCUAGAAUAACGUGGUGCUGCUGCUGUGCAGGAGAAGUUUCUCCAUGCUGGGCUUCAACCACGUCUAUCUGAUUGGGUUGCUUCUCUGCGGGUCCUCCUCAUUGGGUUGCCAUGCACUUCAAGCCGGAGGGAGGGUGCGAAUUGUCAAAGGGCGGAGGGCGUCAACCACUGUACCAAGUAACGGAUACCCUCAGGUUCACAUCAGCAAGGCGCGUAUCAAGGGCGGUAGGAGUAGAGCGGCGGCGGGGGGGGGAAGAGCAGGCAGACGAGCAAGCUUGACGACAACAACAACGGACCAAGCAGCAGAAGGCGGCACCGAGUCGUCUGAUGGUGCAUCCGAGGGCAACAGCAGGAUAGCUGGCGGUGGUGGGCAGCGACGGAAGAUGGUGAAGAGCAACUCGACAGCCAGCAUGAAGCUCAUGGCACGGUUGCGUAGAAAGAUGAAAGAUGCGAGACAUGUCCCAGAUGUGUCGAAGAUGCUCCGAGACGGCCUGCCGUACCUGACGGAGAUCGAAGCCACAGAGGUGCAACUGGCCCUUGCCGUGUCCAUCUACGCCCACUCCAAGACUACCGCUACCGGAAGCGAUACCAGCAGCAGCGCUGACGGGCAUCUCGAUGACCGUGUAAAGGCCGGUGUAGAGGUGUGCCUCCAGCUCGGUCGGCUAGGCAUGGGCAGGGACGCGCUGCUAGCCGCUAUCCUAGGGGGCGUCUUGAGACCAGAGACCGUCAAGCAGCACUCUACGCACCCCGGCUUCGGCCGCGCACCGGUAACGGUGGUAGAUAUUCGGGAAGGCUUCGGCAAGAACGUGGCUCGCCUGGUCGCUGGGCUGGAGCACGUGACGUGCGUCGAGGAAACCGCACACGCGGUUCUCAGGGGCACUCCCAGCAGCGGCUCUUCCGUUGGGAAUAGGUCAGGCGCGACGGCAUCAGAGCGGGCAAGGCCAUUGGAGGGGGAGGGGGGGGGACAGGAGGAAGAAGGCGAGCCGCUAUCUCCUGCUAUGCUCAUUGGGGCACGAGAGAGAUCGCCUGCGGAGCCCGGGGGGUGGGGGGGGAGGGGGAGGGGGAGGAAGACCCGCAGUUUGAGGGAAGCAUCAGCCUUGGAGCAGAAACGAAGCAAGAUCGUGGGUGAGAGUCUUCGCAACCUCAUCGUGUCGGAGGCUGCAGAUUGGCAGGUGCUGACGCUCAGGCUAGCAGUGCAGCUGCAAGCGCUCAAGAACUCCACGUCGGAUGGCAGCAGCUGGAAGGACCAACAGGUACGCCAAGCUACGAUGGACCGAUCUUCCGUGUACGAGAAGGUGGUGGAGGCUACCAAGGCCACGCUGAAGCAGGCGUUAAGAGACGCACCGGCUUUCACAAACCAGGUCGGUGUUGAAGGCGUGUUCGAUGCUGUGGCCGUGCGAGUGGUUUUAGAGGCUCGGAAGUGGCAAGGGGAGUCGCUGGAAUCAUACACACAGCGCUCGGAGGACCUCUGCUACCAGGCAAGCCCAUGCGCUAUGUCGGUGAUCAAGAAGCUAUACCCGUGGUCGCAGUCACAGCAGCGUGUCAAGGACUACGUGGUUAAGCCCAAGCCCAAUGGAUACCAGAGCCUCCACGCUACACAGCUCGUGCCGGAUGUUACGGAUAUGACGAGGCAUGGCCCAUCCGUCGCGAUUGAAUUCCAGGUGCGGUCGAAAGAGAUGCAUCAGAAGGCCGAGUUUGGUCUGGCGGCCCACUGGAGCUACAAGGAGUCGUCAUCCAGCAUGCCGGGUGGUCUUGGUUGGGUGGAGGACACCAACACGACCAUCACACGGCCUCACACCCGCAAGGUGUUCGUAUUCGGGCCUGAUAGGAAGAUCUGGGAGCUGGACAAGGGUUCGGCGACAGCGGGGGACGCCUUGGGGCGAUCGUACAUGCAGAAGUUCUACGAGGGAGCCUUGCUGCACGACCGAAGAAAUAUUAAGUCAGGCGCCAAGGGGCAGGGCGCAAAGAGGAAGACACGUACUGCGUGGGUUAAUGGCCGAGAGGUGUGUGCCGUGAUAAGCAUAACCGUGCCAGAAAUAAGUGCCCGGGAGUACAUCAGAAAGCACUUGCACUUCACGUUGUGCCACGUUCUGUCGGGCAGAUUCCUAUCUCUUCCGCGCCAGUGCCCCCUCCUCGGCGAUGGCUUCGAGGAUGUGCUCUUUUUCUUCACGAUAUGCGAAUGUGGUCAGUUUGUUCACCAUGUGGACGCCAGCUAUCUGCUCAAGAACGGGGACGUGUUCGAUGUGGCACAAACCUCACAUCAAGCACCAGAAGACUCGUCGCAAGACGCAUCAGAGAAGCAACCCUCGGCAAAGGAUGGGAAACGAAGAAAUCCGGCAGAGGAGAGCAGCAGCAGUAGCUGGAGAGCGCUCUCAGCGCCUCCCACCAGAGGGCUGGCCGACUAAGCCGCCACGACUCGAUGUGCUGACUGCUUUGAU